UAUCAGUCUGGUGUGGUGGCCGCGCGUCUUGUGCCAAGAAAAGGCGGGCUCUGAGGAAAUAGCAAGUUAUGCUGAAGAACUGAUUUUCCUAUAUAACCUCAAGGCUACCGGUCUCAAAGUCUCCAAUUAACACACACACGUAUAUCGCUCACAGACCAAAGGUUGCUUGCUCUUCUUCCCGGCGAGGAUGUUGCGCACCAAGAAGGACGUUGACCGACACGUGCAGGACAUCUUUCGCAAGCUUCCCAAUGAACACGAGAGAACCUUAAGAUGUUACAAAAUAGCGGAGCUCUACUUCCACGUCGGCGACUAUGAGUCUGCCAGACGCUACCUCUCGCAAUACGUGGAGGUACGCAAGGAAGCAAAAGCACACAAACUCAUGGGUCAAAUUCUCGAAGCCUUAGGUAACAAGGAGAAUGCCUUGGUACAGUAUAAACACGCUUUCGAGCUUGAUGGCAGGCAAGAAGAUCUCAUACUUAAAGUGUGUGAACUAAUGGCUGACUACGAUAUUGAAAUUGAUGUGAAUAGAGCAAAGUAUUGGAUAGAGAGGGCAGACAAACUGUUUCCAAAAAACAAGAUAGUUUUUCAAUUGAAGGAGAAGAUUCUAUCGAUAGAGCGACCUACCAACAAUACUGAAGACCUUGAGAACCUUAUCAAAGCUGAAUUAUCAGUGAGACCAACAGAUGUUCAACUGCGAGUAAAACUCUUGAAACAUUACAUGGAAAAGAAUAAAAUGGACGAUGCUUACAAGCAUGCAGUUGACGUUGAACGAACUAAUAUUCAUAGAAACAAUCUCAUUUGGUAUCAAGUUUUAUGCGAAUUGUUCCUCAAAUGUAAGAACAAUAAACAAUCAAAUUGGUCAUUCUGGAUAUCUUAUAUAUCAGCUUUAGAGCACUGUGCAGCUCUGGCUCUCAAAGAACAAGGGAGCUUAGUUAAAAAGUCAUCUGAAGCCAUGCAAGCAGUAUAUAACUUUGAUCAGCAUUUGACAGAAGCCAAAGCCCAGAGUUUGUCUAGCUAUCAGUCACUUACAGAGAGCAUAUUCAUGCAUAUGUGGGGUCAAUUACAUUUUCACAUGGCUUGUCUGUUGCUACAAAAUACUCAGCGAGAUCAGAGUAGUUGGAGUGAAGCAGCAAGGUUGUCUGCACCUCUAUUGCUAACAGCAGUGCACAUUAAACCUAUUGAUCUUACGGCAUCUUGGGCUAUGCAAGCUGAUAGCUCAAUCAAGAGCCAACUACAAAUUUGGUAUCGUGAGGGAUCAUAUCGUUGUAGCCAAGCAGGACACGUUCUUCGGGAUUACUCUAGAGGCAAUCAAAAGAAACUCAUCAGUGAUAUUGAGAAGUUUUGUAUUGGUUCUUGGAGAGAAAGGAUCUAUCAGAGGAUAUUUGUUGGUAAAAUAUAUCAAAAAGUUCGUAGCUCGUACUUCACAAAUAAUAAUGGACUAUAUCCUCCAUUAAGACUUAUCUCCAACAAUGAAUUGAAAAGAUUUGAUGAAGUUGCUGAAGAAGUUUGGCCAUAUUCUUUACAUCAUCAAAUUUGGCCUGCAGUCAAGAUUCGAAACAGUAAUAGUUUGUACUCAAAUAAACAAGAAGGACUCCAACCAAACUUGUCUUCACAUCUGUUUCCGGAACUGCAGUUCUCUGUUUACAACCUUAAUCAAGCUUCAUCAGUAACUCUCAGCCGUCUUGAUAUUGAUGCUUUCUUAAAUGCUGCUGCAUUGUGCGCUUGUGCUUUCAUAGAAGAGCAGCAACACAAUAAACUUUCAAGCCCUGAUCGAUUACCAACUCUACCUGCUGAUUUGAUUAAUCCUUAUUGCACCCCAGAUCAAGAAAAAUGGUGGUCGGCAGCAUACAAAAUGUAUAAAAAAGAAGUCACUGAUGAGACAGGUGAUACUAGACAACACUUGCAGCGUGGAUUAGAAGUUGUUCGUUGUAUCGGCAAUCACGGCUUGCACCCGACAAUUUUAGUUCAUCUAGCCAGAGUGUUCAGUUACAGAGCAAAACAACUAAGGGAUAAGAAUACUGAAAGUGGCGAUAUUGCUGUUUUAGAGGCACGUUCCGAAAUGUACUGGUCGGCUGCUGUGCCUCUACUUGAAAGACUGCUUGAAAGUAACCAAACGAUUCGUUUGUCCAAUCAAAAACUAUUUGAAUAUGUUGGCAAAGAGAUGAACAACAUGGAACGAACGCACGCAAUAGAGGAAGGUAAAUUAUUACUGGCUCAAAAACUGAUCAAGGACAAAUUUUACGAGCAGGCCGUAGAUGCUCUGAAAGCCCUGAAAUGCCCGGAAGCGUCAUUUGAGCAGGGAAAGAUUUACAAGAUUUUAGCUGAUGAGCUUAUUGAUAGUAUACCAAAGGAAAGCGUAACCUCUGAAAUUCGAUCUCAACAUGGAACACUUUUGACAAAGGCUAAAAAUUGUUUCUACCUCACUUUGGAUCGUUUACGUGGACCUGAUGUUGAUCCCAAACAUCCAUUAAAUUCCGAGCUCUGCUCUUACAUAACUUUAAUAGAAAAUGAACUGAAGAGGGUCGAGCCUGAUAAUGUUUACAAUGAUCGUAACCGAAAUGAUUGUGACGAUUACUCUGGAGAAAGUUACUCCUCUGCACACAGUGACGAGCAUCCGAUCGGCACGAAUUCUUUGUAUCCACAACUGAACAACUCCGUAAUGCACACACCAUUAAGAAAUGUCCGGCGUACUCCAAAACAGUCGAGCACUCCUCGUCAUCACGAUAAUCAUGAUAGCAUUCGUAUGCGUAAUGAGGCACGACCCAGUCCCGAACGGCUCGACGCGCAAAUCCGACAACUCGUUCAUGCGAUCGAAGGUCUUAAAGAACAAAAUCGCGAGCAGCACAGGGGUAUGAUGUCGAAACUCGACGAGCUUAUCAAAAUCAAUUCUAAAAAGGAAAGUCAAAAGCCACGCCCUGUCCAACCACCACCACCACUACCACCUGUGAGCAAUCACAAUGUGGACGAUGAUCUUUAUCAGUUGUAUAAUGACGAAGAGUUCAGUAAAGAGUGGGCAAACUACAGCAAUGUGACACUCCCCACAUCAGGUCGCACUCCUAACUUUCCACCGAAUAUAUUUACUCAAGCUCAACGUCACCCGUACUCUCCGAUCGUCUAUCCACAACUUCAAGGCUAUCCUUAUCAAGGUUUACCAUUUCCCGAUCCAACGGCAGCAAUGGCAAUGUCGAUGUAUCCUGCUUCUGCUGCAGCUUACAAUCCAAUAAAUUCGUUGUACAGAGGUGGUCUUGAACAACAGCCUCUCACUUCGAUGCAACAGAUGAGCGAGAGCCUUUUGCAGCAAGGACUUUAUGGACAGAAAUUUGGCGAGUACACACAGACUCAGGCGCUACCACCACUGACACAAGUGCAGAACAUCGAUGCUACCAGAAAUGAUUCUAAGUUGAGCUUUAACACAGCAAGUGAGCCACCAAGCGUACCAGAAACUAGUAUAUUGAAAGAAACUUUAACAAGUACAAAUAUACCAGCAACAACAACCGCACGUAAAGUUCUACCUGUAAAUGUAGUGAUAACAACAUCGGACACGUUGCCGACGUCAACGUCAAAGUCACCGCCGUGUCUCAGUGUAACUAUACCCGCUCAUCAUCGUCUCGGUAGUAGUGUGCCGAAUGAUCAAAAUACUCCACCACAUAGUUAUCAAAUCUCCAUGCCUUCGCAGCCAAUGAUACCUACAACUGUGAUUUUGCCACCUUUGUCCGAGACUAUGACCAUCACAUCACCGGUGAUUAAAGCACAAGUGGCAGAGAACCAAAACAACAGUAUUUUGUCUACUGGCUCUCGUCACAGCUUUUGCUCAGACGUUACAGAAGUAGAGCACGAUCCAAUUCCCGACUUCGCUCCAAUAAUUCCAUUACCUGAUGAAGUACCGGUGACUACCGGCGAAGAGAACGAAGAAGAAUUGUACUGCGCACGUGCCAAACUUUUCCGUUUCGUUGACAAAGAAUGGAAAGAACGUGGAAUUGGUAACGUUAAGUUGCUGAAAAAUGCUGAAGGCAAGAUUCGCUUGUUGAUGCGUCGAGAACAAGUUCACAAGAUCUGUGCUAAUCACAUGCUUCGAAAGGAUAUGGAACUCACUUCUAUGCCCAACAACGAUAAAGCUUACAUGUGGGUAGCAAAUGAUUUUGCUGACGAGGAAGUAAGACUAGAAAAGUUGUGCAUCAAGUUCAAAACAUCCGAGGAAGCUGCCAACUUUAAAAAUCAGUUUGAUAAAGCUAAGAAUAAUUUGCCGGAGGAAAGUGCUGUUUCUUCUAAAACUCAUAUCGUGAGCUCUGAAAAGUCUUCGUCAAAGCAACCAUCAAAGUCUGAACCAACACCUUUCAAACCAGCUGAAUCGAAGCUUGGUGGAUUUACAUUUACAUCUUCGCCCAUCAUUCAAAAGCCAUCGUCGCCAACGCAGAAAAAAGAGGAAAGCAAGCCCAGUCCAUUCGCUAAUUUUUCGUUUGUUAAAUCAAGCGAGGGUGCACAACCAGCCGCAACCGGAUUCAACUUUGGAGCUCCUGCUGCGACACCUGUGUUUAGCCAAGAUCCAGUAAAAGUUAAUUUGCGAAGACCGCAUACUGACGUAUAUACCGAAGUUGUGAAGCCAUUGGACAGUGAGGUAAUGGUGACACAGAUGAUUGUCAGCCUUGCACAUUAUCCUGGUGAAAAUAAUUCAUGGCACGAAAUGGGUGCUGGAAUCAUGAAGGUGUUGUCUGACAAGAUAUCCGGAAAGCUUCGUCUCUUGAUGAACAACCAUCAGCAGACAAAAACUCUGCACAACCAGCUAAUAACUCCGACACUUGUAUUUAAUCUGAAAGACGAUUCUAUCAACUGGACUAGUGUAGAUCUCAAAGAAAAAUACUUGGCUCGCUUUUAUGAUUUUACUCUGGCAUCAGUCUUCCAUUUCCAUUUAAUGGACGCAAUAGGAAAAACUUCAAAACCAUCCACAAACUCCGUGUCAAGCGUUCAAAAACCUCUGUCAGAGCUUUUCAAACCAGCAACUGGUUCAUGGGAAUGCAACGACUGUUACACUCGUAACACAGCUGGUGCAACAAAAUGUAUCGCUUGUGAUAAUCCAGAUUCUGGUGUUCCAACUCCUUCAGCAGUUCCUCCUUCAUCGACAAACACUACUAAAUCUUUGUCGGAGAUGUUCAAACCAGCCGUAGGAUCGUGGGAAUGCAAGGACUGCUAUACUCGUAAUAAUGCCGCUGAUACUGCAUGCGUCGCAUGCCAAGCACCAGCUCCUGGUGUACCAGCUACUCUACCAUCAGAAAUGUUCAAACCUGCAUCGACUUCUUGGAGUUGUAAGGGUUGUAAAAUUACUAAUAAUCAGUCCAGUCAGUAUUGCGUUGCCUGUGAUAUGCCACAAGAUCCGUCAAUGCCACCAAAACCAAAGGCUAGUGGAGGCUUUAUGAUAGGUUUUGGAGCUACAAGCGCUAAUCCAACCUUCACGUUUGGCAUGCCUCAGAAUCAAACAACUCCAUCCAAAGAAAGCACAGGUUUCAACUUCAGUUUCUCGAAAUCAAGUGAAAAGGCCGUUUCUUCCCCGAUUUCCAUAUUCGGUAGUAAUAAGACGACAACGCCAAACACUUCAGGUUUCCUUUUUGGCACACAGCCACCAACUACGCCACCAAGCAGUAGCGGAGGUGAAUUCACUUUCGGCUCACCUGGCAAAUCAUUUGACUUCCAAUUCCAAGCUAAGUCGCCACCUAUAAAGUCACCUGAACGCCCAGAAACCAGCGACGAUGAACAGGUUGAAGAGUCGGAUGAUGUGUACUUUGCUCCGGUUAUUCCACUACCGGAUAAAGUAGAUGUAAAGACUGGUGAAGAAGAGGAAGAAGUAGUUUACAGUCAUAGAGCGAAACUGUUUAAGUACGACACAUCUAUCAAGGAAUGGAAGGAGAGAGGUCUUGGAGAUAUCAAAUUACUCAGGCAUUCAGAUACUAAGAAGCUCAGGCUUGUAAUGAGAAGAGAACAGGUACUUAAAAUCUGCUUGAAUCACGCUGUGACUGCCAACUUAGAAAUCACUCCAAAGGAUGACAAGACGUGGAUGUGGACUGCAGGCGACUAUAGUGAAGGUGAAAUUGAAUAUCUGCAAUUUGCUUGUCGUUUCAAGAAUUCCGAAAUAGCUGAGGAGUUCAAAGCGGCCAUCGAUAACGCUUUCAAGCGUGACAGUGACAUUACACCAGUUAGCAAACCAAAACCUAUUGCUAAGAGUAGCUCUUUGUCUGAUAUUGAGGUUGUCUACGAGAUAAAAGUAACGCCUGAAGAAAAAGCAGCAGCGUUGAAACUUCAACUUCCAGAGAAUUUCUAUGCUUACAAAUAUAAAGAUGAUUGCCCAGGUUGUCGAGGAUGCAGAGAAUCGGACGAACCACUGUUUAAGUCCGCAGAAAGGAAACCAAUCGUUGUAAAGGCCAACGAUGCUACUCUGUCAUCUACAACGGUCAACGCUAUGAAUAACAUUCCUAGCAAACCGGCUAUUACCACGGCGUCGACUGCUGGUUCAGGUACGAAGACCACGUUUGGAAGUGCAGCUAAUCCACCAAUAUUUGGUAGUACUGCUAGCACGGUUGAUGAUCCAGGUAAAUCAACAGGUUUCGUGUUUGGUCAGUCAACAGCAACGAAAUCGGCUGAGACGGGACUUGAGAAUUUGAAAAUCUGCAGCCCAUCCGUUCCUGUCACGAUUACUACUUCACUACCAUCAACAAACGUCUUUGGUAGUUUUGGUCCAUCUCAAAAGUCCAUGUUCGGCGGUACGCAAUUCCCGCAGACUAUUGCUACGACAACUACGAGUAGUAUAUUUGGUGCACAACCAGCUGUAACUACUGCUAGCGGUAUAUUCAGUGCGCAACCAGCUAUUACCAAUGCGAGUACAGGCAAUAUCUUUGGUAGUUGUAAACCAGCAUUUGGCGGUGGCGACAACAAACCAGUAUUCGGUGACAGUAAACCUAUGUUUGGUGGCGUCGAUAGUAAACCGGUAUUCGGUGGCUUGGACAGUAAGUCCUCAGUAGUGAAUCUUUUUGGUUCAAAUAAACCACCGUCUGCGAAUAUCUUCGGGGGCGGAGCAUCUACUACGGCAACUAAUGCUGCAGCAAACUCAAUCUUUGGUCAGAAUAUGACUAGUGGUUCGAUCUUUGGUGGACAGUCGAAUUCUACACCAACUUUCGGUUCGCUUGCCGCGCAGUCGAACAACCAAACAAGUACUCCAUCAUUCGGUACACAAGCCGUAACACCUCCGGCAACGACCAGUUCUUCGCUAUUCAGUGAAACGACUAACCAGUUUACGUCGAAAUCAAGCUUCGGCAACAACGCUACCCCCGCUGUUGGUUUGUUCAGUAGUACAGCAGCUUCUGAGGGCGGCAAUAUUUUCGGUGCCAAAACUACACCAACUACCACAGCAACCACUACAGCGUCAAAAGAAAGUGGUAAGGAGGGUGUGAGUUUCUUGCCGACAGAUAGUUCGUUGUCCUUCUCGGCUUUGGCCGCUAACACUGCUGAACAGCAACCUGCUUUCAAGACAGAUCCAAAUUUCACAUUUGAGGGAGCAGGAGCUUCAGUUUUUGGACAAAAGACAGCAUUAAAAACCGCAACUAAGAAAGCCUCAACGAAAACAACGCCAAACAAAUCUAAGAAUGACGAUGAUGAGGAUGGUGAAGAGGAAGACGAUAAUGGAGAAGAACAUGAUCCACAUUUUGAGCCUAUCAUUCCAUUGCCAGAUGCUAUUGAAGUUCGAACUGGUGAAGAAGAUGAAGAAAAAGUGUUUUGCCAGCGCGCCAAGCUCUUCAGAUACGACCAAAACACGAAAGAGUGGAAAGAGCGUGGAGUCGGUGAGAUGAAACUGCUGCAUCAUCCAGAGCAUGGCACUUAUCGCUUGCUCCUCCGUCGUGAGCAAGUGCACAAGAUCGUGUGUAACAUGGCUUUGAACUCGGAGAUGAAGUUCCUCACUUUAAACUCUUCCGAUAAGGCGUGGAUGUGGUUCGGCAUGAAUUAUGCUGAACCCGAAAACGCUGAAGUCGAACAGUUAGCUGUGAGAUUCAAGUCACCAGAGUUGGCUGCUAAAUUCAAAGAUGCUGUCGACAAGGCGCAAAAGGCCAUCGCUGAGAGAAGCAGCUCGCAAGACUCGACUGGAAGGUACGACGAUGGCCAGCCAGAAGAUGACUAUGACGAUGAUUACGAAGGUGACGAGUACGCUGAUGAAGACGAUGAGGAAGACGAAGAGGAUGAAGACAACAUGACCAUGUUUGAAAAACAAGUCACUUUGUUCGUACGAAAUGAGAGCGAAAAUACUUGGGAUAACCGCGGUACAGCCAAUCUUAAAGUCAUCUACGACUCGGAUAUCUUUGGCGCGAGAAUCGUUAUAGAAAGUGAAGCCAAGGAGAUCGUUAGCGAGACUGUCAUUAGCAUGGAUACCACGAUGAAGUGCGAAGAUACAGAGUGCGAGUGGGCAGCUAUCGAUUAUGCAUUAGAGCCACCUAUCAGGCGCUCCUUGAAAACUGUUUUCGCGACAUCAAUGACUGCUCAGGAGAUGUAUCACGCCUUCGAAGAAGGACAAGAAUGUGCCACAAAUGCCGACAUUCGAGAGUGAAUUGUCAGCUAGUUUUCUCUACCUAAACAAAAAAUAAUAUGUACAAUGAAUUUGUAACAGAAACAUCUUUCUAGAUUAGUAGUGUAUAAAGUAUCUAACUAGCGCUUCUAUUUGAAAGAAUAAGAAAAAAGACGGGUCGAACAAUCAAUUCUUAAAAGCAGGUCUUUUCAUCGAUGCGACAACUCUUGUUAUAAACUUUGAUUUCCGGUCGUCUAUUUUUUAAUACUACCAUCUCGCAUAAUUAUUAUAGUUAUUGUAAAUGAAAAAAAAGAGAACACGAGAGUAGUGCAAGACUUUUUAGAAACGAGCAAUUUUUUUUAAUAAUCUUGCGACGAUAUGCCCGCAAUUUCGCUAAUCAAUGUUAGUUCUAAACAAACGAUUAGCCGACUGUUUUAGCGUAAAUUGGCUUGUGAUAAUGAUUAUUAUUAUUAUUAUUAUUAUUAUAAACCGAAUUUUAUUUAUGGUAGAAUUAAAAUGAGACACGACUGUACCCAAAUUUACGUACUUUAAUUUGUAAUUUUUUUUCUUAUGUUAAGGAUAAGAUACAUUUUCAUGAAUAUAUU